GGGAAGAAGAAGCCUGCCGCUGUAGAAAGGAUCAUGGACACCACCAAGGAGGCCUUCAAUACCAGGAUCGAAGCCUCCGACAAGCAGGCAACAGAAUGGGCGGCCCAAAUGCUGUGUAACAAAAAACAGCAUGACAAGAGGCAAGCGGACUUGCAAGCAAAGCUCCAAAAUCAGCGCGCCGUCCGAGCGGAACUGGUAAAAGACCGGGACAACGCGCCCACCAGGGCCGAGCUGGAGGCCGAAAUGGCCAGAAUGGUGGCCGACCCCGCCGACUCCGACGCUGACGCCGGCCCCGCCGAUGAGCCCAAGCGGGGCAAGGAUGCCUCCAAAGAUUCUGGUUAUGCUGUAUGUUACCUCGCCUUACCCUCCAAUCAAGGCUUCUUCUGUCAUCAGUUAACUAACCUAUUCUCCCCAGGACUGAGCCGUAACGCCGUCACCUACACCGAGCACGCCAAGCGCAAGACCGUCACCUCGCUCGACGUUGUCUACGCCCUCGAGCGCCAGGGCCGUACCCUCUACGGUUUCGGUGGUUAAAUGUGACCAUGAAGCUUUAUACUUCUGGUUAGGGGACGUUCACGACGAUAGGGAGAACAACAAACGAGCGAUUGAUUACUACAACAUUGGCAUGAAACUUUGGGC